GGUCGUGUUAUCAUUAUCUGCAUUUCUAACGUAGAAAUAUCGUACUCCUAACAAUGAGCGGAAGAGGCAAAACUGGCGGCAAAGCGAGAGCGAAGGCCAAGACUCGCUCCUCCAGAGCAGGGCUGCAGUUUCCCGUUGGUCGUGUUCACAGACUUCUCCGUAAAGGGAACUACGCCGAGCGCGUCGGUGCCGGAGCUCCCGUCUAUCUGGCUGCUGUGCUCGAGUAUCUGACCGCUGAGAUCCUGGAGUUGGCUGGAAACGCCGCGAGAGACAACAAGAAGACCCGCAUCAUUCCCCGUCACCUGCAGCUGGCGGUGCGUAAUGACGAGGAGCUCAACAAACUCCUGGGCCGAGUGACCAUCGCUCAGGGCGGAGUGCUGCCCAACAUCCAGGCCGUGCUGCUGCCCAAGAAGACCGAGAAACCCGCCAAAGCCAAGUAGACCCAUUCAACUCGGUUUUUCAAACAAAAAGGCUCUUUUAAGAGCCACACAUUUCAUCUCCGAGAGAGCACUUUUCUGGUUGUACAAUUUGUUCGUAAAUGACAAAUGUAUGCAACCAAAAAAUAAGUCACAUUUAUUAUAACCGUAUACGAACUUACAACAACUUAAACAAAAAAAAAAGUUUUUAAUAACCACUAUUCACAAACCGUAUAGCCACUCAAUGGCGAAUUAUAAUGGUAUUAUCUGUCUGAGGGUAAGCAAAAACAAUUUUGCUCUUAUUACGAAUAAACACGCACGCACAGAAAGAUAGAAA